CAGGUGCACGCUCUCUCUCUCUCUCUCUAAAAUAAAAAAAAAAAAAUUUAAAGAGAUUGACACUGCAGUUGUGGGGCUUUGACAGAGAAGGGCCCCGAGGGUCACGCCUGCGUGGCUUCUCAAGGUGGGGAGCUGGGAGGUGGACCCCAAGCCCCACGCCCUGCACAGGCAGCGGCCCCAUGGGGCCGGGCUGGAUGAUGGGGUUCUUCCUGCCAGGUACACCCGCUUCGUCCAGCAUUUCCUGGAGUCGGCCGAGCAGUUCUUUAUGCAGGGUCACCGGGUGCACUACUAUGUUUUUACCAACGACCCCGCAGCCAUUCCUCGGGUCCCGCUGGGCCCCGGCCGCCUCCUCAGCAUCAUCCUCAUCCAGAGGCACUCGCGCUGGGAGGAGAUCUCCACGCGCCGGAUGGAGACCAUCAGCCGGCACAUCGCCGAGAGGGCGCACCGGGAGGUGGACUACAUCUUCUGCCUCGACGUGGACAUGGUGUUCCGGAACCCGUGGGGCCCUGAGACCCUGGGGGACCUGGUGGCGGCCAUUCACCCGGGCUACUAUGCUGUGCCCCGCCAGCAGUUUCCCUACGAGCGCAGGCAUGCUUCCACCGCCUUUGUGGCAGACGACGAGGGGGACUUCUAUUAUGGUGGGGCGGUCUUUGGGGGGCGGGUGGCCAGGGUGUACGAGUUUACUAGAGGCUGCCACAUGGCCAUCCUGGCGGACAAGGCCAAUGGCAUCAUGGCCGCCUGGCAGGAGGAGAGCCACCUGAACCGUCGUUUCAUCUCCUACAAGCCCUCCAGAGUGCUGUCCCCUGAGUACCUCUGGGAUGACAGGAAGCCCCAGCCACCGAGCCUGAAGCUGAUCCGCUUUUCUACGCUGGACAAGGACAGCAGCUGGCUGAGGAGCUGAUGGCUGAGCCAGGCUGCUGUGCAUGGGGGCCCCAAGCCCUGCAGCCAGCUCGCCCCGGCAGAGCACCCGGCUCGUCCCCGGCGAGCACCCCGCUCGCCCCCGGCGGAGCACCCUUUACCAGCGCCCCCCCUCUCAGGCCUCAGGUGAGAUCCAUCCGGUCCUGCCUACCUCAGUCUAUUAGCAGAAGUUCACCUGGGAAAUGGAUGCGGAAGGGCCUUUGUCAACUGUGAAGGGCCGCGCCCACACAAGCGGAACACCAAGAUCACACUGCAGCGUGGCCCGAGAAUGGUCAGGCGGGAAGAGGUGAAGAAGACAGAGCCGCAGGCCUGGCCCAGCAGACGUGCCUUCGGGGCAGGCUCCGGAGUCAGCCCUACUCAGUGCCUGAAACCCCGCCUCUGCCCCACUUCUGUUGCCUAUUUGCCCCUCAAGUUGCACUUCUCAGACCCCGGCGUGAAAGGCAUCCAGACGCCUCUUCUCUGGCUGUAGGGGUCCCGGGUGCUGGGACGUCCCCCAGCCACACCGCGCUCGGCCCUGGAGUGAGUCUUUGCGACAGAACGGGCCUGGCCCUCUCUGGCGUCGAGUCUAGCCCGCACCCCACGGCGGACCACACUCUCUGGCACCAGCCCCACCUUUGUAAGGGGGUUUGGGCAGUUUUUAAUAAAGGUGGCGUGCACGAAGUCCU